ACGCCAUGGAGGUGUACUUUCGUGAGCCAGCCGCAGGCGAGGUGGUCGACAUGGCGAAGCUGUUUGGUCCCGACGGUGGUGCGAUACGGUUGAGAAAGGUCUUUCAGAUCUAUGAGGUCAGGCCCAGCCCGCUGAGGAUCCACUUCUUCAACCAGCAGGGGGAACGACAGAUAUUCGCAGACGAGCUGAACAAGCGCGACCAAAGUUCUACUCUCCAUGGCUUGAAGGAGUCCAUCAAGUCCAGGGGGCUCGUCCCUGGCGUGUCUGGCGAGCCGUGGUUCGUUUUGUCUGAUGGGGAGGUGCCGCCGUAUAAGGCGAUCACUUGGGGGCACCGCAUCAAUGCAGUGUAUGAGCUCCACGCAGAAGCCCCCGGGGCCUCUCAAGUGCAGACGGUUAAAGAGACUGUUCAGGCGGGCGUGAUUGCUCGCCGUUUCACGAGCCGGAUGCCCAAAUUCAUGCGGGCGUACAUGAGGGACUACCACAACAUGGAGGUGUUUCAGAGAGGCAGCGGGUACUCGUAUCUAGAGCUCUUGAAGGAGGUGCCAGACAUGGAGGCAAGCUGGGCUGUCUUGAAGACCGAGGGGACCACAGCUCGAUCGACUGACUACGAGAAGAAAUAUUGGGAUUUCAUCAAGAGCCGCUAUUCCGACAAGCUCAACUCAUUCGCCCAUUUUGAUGCCGCAAAAUCGUUGGCAAGGCGCAUCAGCACUCUCCAGAUCGAUCAUAUCGAGUGGGCGCGGAAGCACGUCGACUUCAUGAACCCGCGCUUGCACCACCAGUCCGUGAUCAUGAUCAUGGCUCAACUCACAUCGGGAAUGCACAACUCUUUCAAGGCCUACAUGUCCAACGAGGACGUCGCCAUUCUGAUCGGCGAGGCCAUGAAGUUCUGCGUGCCCGUCCGCGCAGAUCCUCCUCGGCAGCGUAAGCUACCAUGGGUGUUCGACAAGACGGGCGCGUCCGUGUCCGAGCUUGCCUCCUACCUCACGUGCCCGAUGGGGGAGACAGCCAAGGUCUACAAGCAGAGCGUUAGACCAAAGGCGAAGGCCAAAGGCAAAGCAAUGGCAAAGGGCAAAGCGAAGCCCAAGCCUGCCCCUGCGCCCGCCGCCAGGGAGGAAGUGUCUCUGACUGUGGACGUGUCGCACCCAGACGCGAACGCCAACGCCGAGUCGAGGGAUCGCUACUUCGGAGAUGACCUCAUGGCGGCCAUCAACUUCACCAUCAGCGAGACUGCCAAGGGCCAGGCCUCGAUCAUCGACCACCCCGCCAUGGUCGAAGUGAAGAAGGAGUUGGUGAGCUAUGGAUUGGAAUUCCUGUGGCAGAAGAAGGUAGCCUUCAAGGGUUCGAUCAUUACCAAGUGGAGCGACGCCAGGAAUACCUUCCAAGCCUCGGCCAAGGAGUCCGUGGACAGGUUCAGACUGCUGGAGACGGAUUGCGGCGAGGAUAUCGACAUGGAGGUUGCCGCCGACGGCGCCACUAGGGAGAUCAUCGAAGAAUUGAGGAACUCCGCGCAGGCGCAGGUCACCGAUGACCCCAUCCGCGACCUCCAGGCCCGCUUCACGCACGUGACCGAUGAGAAGCCCGUGCCUCUCAGCGACACGCUGAAACAGUACGUCAGCCUCAACCGCGUGUUCAAGGCUGAGGCCCGGAUGCACGUGCGCUACGCCAUGGCUGCCUCCUCGGUCAUGGACGCUCUGGAGGGUCAUUCCACCCUCGACCAGUUCAUCGACUCGUGCUUCAAAGCGGUCACCAGUGCGGAUGACCGACUGUUCUGCGAUGCCGUGCUUGACAUUCUUGCCGAGACCGCCGUCGCGGCCAUGACCUACAGCGAGAUUCCAAAGGCGCUGGUCGAGGCAGGGUUCAAGGACGCGGAGGCUCUGCUCCUCUUUGUUCGUCUGCGAGGCUCCUAUAUGCAGCAACUUGUACAGGACAUGCUCGCAAACCAGCAGACGAAGGAACUCGCCGCUAGCGAGAGCGACGGCACCCUCCUCAGUGGUUCCAUUGUGAAUGGCUUAAACAAGCUGUCCGCCGAGGAGAGGGUCACCCUGGCGGAGGCCGAUGGCGCUGUUCGCGGAGACAGUGAAUGGCACGCCUUCUGGUACAAUGUCCUGGUGGGCCUGGCCAAGGGCAAAAAAAUCGCCGCGAUCAUUUCCCUUCAGCCGCCAUCGCGCCGCUUGAAGAGGGAGAAGAGCAAGCCUGAAGAGAGAGCUCCGGCACCUGGCCAGGCCCUCAUGGUGGAUCCCACGAAGGGCGCGACGGAGCCGCCGAUGGACCCGACUUUCGUCCCAGUUGAUGCCCUUCUGAAGAUCCCCGCCUUGGUGUCCAUGGGCCUCAAUAUCAAUGCAGCACAGGCGAAGGUCCGAGAGCCAUUGUGGGAAUAA